AUGAUACAAGAUAUAAAAAAUGCUAUAGAUAAUUGGCUUUAUCUCAAUGAUAAAAUUUAUGAGCAGGCUAUUCGAAAAGAACUUGAAGCCCUUUGUCUAGAUAAAAUGAUAUUACCAACUGUUAAUUUAGAGAGUUCAGAAUCAGAGAUAAUCUCUUGGAAAGUGAGUGAAGAAGUUCAAUGGUGUUUUGAAAAUUUGGAUAGUAUAGUUGAACAAGAAGACAAGACACAUCUUCAAAUAGUUGCCAUAAAAGUAUUUGGCCAGCUACCUACCAAGAAUCAAUUUGCAGUAACACAAGCUAUGUUAUAUAACUUGUUUAAUCCUGAGAUUGUCCAGAUUAAAUUUGAUGAAAGAUAUUUAACAUGA